AGCUUUGAGCUGGGAAAUUUAAAAUUAGAACGAAACAGCUGACUUUGUUUAUCAUGAUUUAACUGGUUUACUUUUAUCUAACACAAAUGCUGUUGCUUUAUUGUUAUAUUUUUUACCAUAAGUGGAGUGGAUGUAACAUUUUAAUUGUGAGAUGACUUUCCAGUUUAAUAUCGAGACCAGUGAACAUGUGUCAGUCAGGGACUUCGAAUUGCUGAAAGUUCUCGGAACAGGAGCAUAUGGUAAAGUGUUCCUCGUACGUAAGCUGCAUGGUUCGGAUGAGAACAAGUUGUAUGCUAUGAAAGUGCUCAAGAAGGCUUCUAUAGUACAGAAGACAAAGACUACAGAACAUACAAAGACAGAGAGACAAGUGUUAGAGGCUAUAAGACAGUCACCAUUCCUCGUCACACUUCACUAUGCAUUUCAGACAGAUGCAAAGUUACAUCUUAUAUUAGAUUAUGUAAAUGGUGGGGAACUGUUCACACAUCUGAAUCAGCGAGAACAUUUCACAGAAGCAGAAGUGAAAAUAUAUAUAGGAGAGAUUGUUCUUGCUCUUGAAACUUUACACAAGCUUGGCAUAAUAUAUCGUGACAUAAAAUUGGAAAAUAUAUUGUUGGACAGUAGUGGUCAUAUAGUGCUUACAGAUUUUGGUCUCAGUAAAGAAUUUCUGCCAACGGAUCAACUACAUAGGGCAUAUUCAUUCUGCGGGACCAUAGAGUAUAUGGCUCCUGAGGUGGUUGAGGGAGGGCAUUCAGGGCAUGACUUUGCUGUUGAUUGGUGGUCGCUAGGGGUGUUGACCUAUGAACUUUUGACUGGUGCCUCACCUUUCACAGUUGACGGAGCAAGUAAUUCACAGUCUGAAAUCUCAAGGAGGGUUACAAAAGCAAAACCGCCAAUGCCAAAAUCAUUUUCACCAGUUGUCAGAGACUUUAUCCUGGCACUGCUUACCAAAGAGCCAAAGAAAAGACUAGGGGCUAGUGGAGCGGAGGAAGUUAAAUGUCACAGAUUUUUCAAGGGAAUCAACUGGAAAGACCUUGCAGCUAAAAGAAUUCAAGCACCAUUUGUGCCAAAAAUCCGACAUGAGUUAGAUGUAAGCAAUUUUGCGGAUGAAUUUACCCGCAUGCAGGCAGCUGAUUCCCCAGCUAUCAUACCAACUACUGGAGACAAACUUUUUAAGGGUUAUUCCUACGUAGCACCAUCUGUUAUAUUCAGUGAUAAUACUGUGAGCAACGAUCUCCUUAAACAAACAACAGAUCUACAACCUGACAACAGACAACUUCUCUAUGCUAGUCAUUUCAAGAGUUCUGCAUUCUUUCAUCAGUAUGAUCUUGACUUUAAGACUCCACCAUUAGGGGAUGGCAGUUUUUCAAUAUGCAGGAAAUGUUUACAUAAGAAAACCCAGUUACCUUUUGCAGUGAAGAUUGUUAGUCGGCGUAUAGAUGUAAACAGGGAGGUAACUCUGCUCAAACUGUGUCAGGGGCACGAAAAUAUAGUACAACUUGUUGAUGUUUUCUUUGAUGAGCUACAUACAUACAUGGUGCUUGAGUUAUGUCAGGGUGGGGAAUUAUUAAACAGAAUACGUAAGAAGAAGAAUUUUUGUGAGCCUGAGGCUAGUGAGAUUAUGUGGAAAUUAGUACAGGCCGUGGAUUUCAUGCAUAGUCGAGGGGUCGUUCAUAGGGAUCUGAAACCAGAGAAUUUAUUAUUUAAAGAUACUUCAGAACAAGCUGAGGUGAAGAUUAUAGAUUUUGGGUUUGCUAGAUUAAAACCUGGGAACCAGCCAUUAAGUACACCAUGCUUUACCUUGCCAUACGGGGCACCAGAAGUGUUGCUACAGGCAACAACCAAUCGGGACAAAGAAGGUUAUGAUGAGUCAUGUGAUCUCUGGAGUUUAGGUGUUAUACUGUACACUAUGUUAUCAGGAAAGGUUCCAUUCCAAGUUUGUAGUUCAGAAGACCAAGCCAAGGCUAUCAUGCAUGAGAUCAAGAUAGGCAGGUUCAACUUUAACAGUUCAGAAUGGAACGAUGUUUCAGAUGCUGCUAAAUCACUCAUACAGGGUCUGUUAACAGUUGAUCCGAAGAAACGUUAUACAAUGGCAGAUUUGAAGAAAAAUGGAUGGUUGCUUAGAAACAACAACAGUAUGUUCUCAGAAAAGACAUUGCCUACACCUGGUGUAUUAAAUACAACAAGUAAUACACUACAGUUGCAGUUCUCCGCAACUAUGGAUGCCUUUCACAAAGCAACGCAGGAAGGUUUCCGUUUGCAAGAUGUAAAUAAGGCCCCUCUUGCUCAACGUCGUAAAAAAAAGAAAGCCUCGGACGAGAGAAGUUCAACAGAUAGCAGCCACUCAGGCGGGUCUAUACCUCAGGGGUCACAGGGUUCAUCAGGGGGAGCAACUCUACACAUCUCUCCCAGAGAUUCCCCAGUGCGAAAUCUGUCCAAUAAUUCCAACACAUCGUCGGCAUCUCAUAGCUCCACUCAUAGUCUUGGGUUCAUUCCUCAACGGACUACCCCAGUUGAACUUACCUCUAGUCAAAAUAAGCCAGGUUUUGGCUCAUCGGAAGUUCUUGUGAUUGAACCAAGUACCUCAGUAGACAAUAUAGCGUACCAAGAAAUAUUAUCAUCUGAUUCAGAAAACUCUCUAAAUGACGAACCGCCGUUUCAAAAAUCACGGGGAAUGAAACGUAAACAUAGUUUAGAAGACGGUUAUAGUGAUUUAGAAGAUGAUUCUGAUGAUGAGGACGAUGAUGAAGACAACAUAACAGACGAUGAUGAUGAUAAUAGUGAUUGUAUAAUAAUUGAUGAUGACGAUGAUGAUGAUGAUAAUGAAAGUUUUGCUAGUGAUGAGAGUUUAAGUGAUUUACACAACAAGAAGAUAGCACGGAGCAAUAAAAAAGCAAGGGCAGAGAGUACUAUAGUUAUUGAUGACUAGAAAGUUCAGACAUUUUGUUUUUCAUUACCUCUGUAUCUGUGAUGGUCUUGCAUAGAUUAUUUUUUUCACAGAACAAGUUCACUCAUGUUUGUUAUUUUUUCUGCUUCAAUGUUUUUAUUGCUUUCCUGGGUUUGACUGUCAUUGGAAAGUUAUUGAUUUCUUUAGAAAAUCUGUUAAAAAAUCAGAAACAUGACUUUGUUAAAUAUUUAUACUGAUUCCAAUACUUAAAUACAAAUGCACUCCUGAAUAUAGCAUUAUACUUGAUUUUGUAAGUAAGGCCCGAAUAGCUCAGUGUUUGGAGACUUUGUUCUGUCAAAAAGAUUUGAAAAAAAAAUUGGUUCCUUAAUUUAAUUUUGUGAGAUACAAACCACAUUCAGUUAUAAAACAGAAAACGUGUUUUGAAUAUAAUCUGUUUAAAAUGUUAUUUUCAAGAUAGUCAGAAAUAGUAUGGCUUAAGAAAAUCUGGGUCGAAAGGUAACUGAUCUGGUAUUAUUCUCAGUCUAUUGUUUUAGAGAAUGAAGUUGUUGUAACUAAAAUAUACUGUACUUCUUAAACAUCUUGAGCUCAAAAUGUAUCUCUCUAGAAAAAGGAAAGAUUGUGAUGUGUAAUAGUGUCUGUGUUGCUCAGGAAAACCUUUUUUUUAUGCCCCCGGCAUCUACUGAUGCGGGGGGCAUAUAGUGAUUGUCCUGUCCGUCCAUCCGUUCGUCCAUCUGUCUGUACGAGGUUAACCAAAUGGGACCGUUUUGUCUAGCAUCAAUACCCCUUACUAGAAUGACUUGAUACUAAUGCAGAUGUAACCUGUGACCAUUCCUCAUCUUCAGACAUCUCACCUGACCUCAGUUUGACCUUGAACUUGACCUCGUUUUGGACUUAGGUUGCUUUGUAUCGACAAGGGUGCCACCGGGGGCAUCAAGCGUUUAUUGAAUGCAGCUUCUUGUUUUAAAAAAUUAUAUGAGUCGAAAAUUUGACAGAUACCAUUCACAAAGUAUAUAUUUUCCAUAGUUUGCAACAUUUUUUUGUAAGAAUUCAGUUGUUUUACAUACAGUAAGCAGACUUUGUUUUUGAGAUAUUACAUCCAGUUCAGACUAAGAAAGUGUAUGCUCUGCUGUGUGUAAUGAAACAAAUUCCAUGAAACUACAUGAAUGAGUUGAAUCUGUAGGAUUAUUUACAUUUUUAUAAUUUCAUGAAAAAUGCUAAAUUUGACCCAAAUUCAAGCUUUCAAUUGAGUAAAAAUUAGUAUUAUAUUCUAUUUUGGAAUCAGUUUUAUAUGAAACCUUUGAUAUUUUGUUUUAGUACCUUUCAUUUUACAUUUUAAUCUGACUAUAAGAACAGGUUUUACAGACUGAAAACUCAGGGUGAGAGAGCAUAAAUGUUGACUGUUGUUUUGUUACCAGACCUGUUAUCUUACAGACCCUGAGAAUGUUAUUACUAAGAAAUGCUUUUUUCGGUCUCAUUUUAUCACCAUUGUUGUGCGAUGUCUUCUACAUCCAAAACCUUACAGGCAAUAAACAAUAUUUCAUCAUCCAUAACAUCAGUAUAGAAAGUCAUUUUUAGGUCUUAAUCAUUAUUCUAAUAUGAAAAAUCUUGGUACAUUUCUUUAAAACCAGAACAACAUAAACAUAAUGUAGGCAUAUCAUUUGGUGCCAUACAGACGCCAAGAAAAAGUGCUUACACAUUUGACGUACUACUUUAUAUAAUAAACAUCAUUUUUGAAUCAAAAUGAUAUAACUUACACUUAACUCACCACUCUGAAUCAAUUAUUAAGCACAUGCAGUAGAAUAAGUCACUAGAUGUCUACUUACUCCAGGGACAUGUUACUUGCCACAUUUUAACACUGUUAAGACAUGGUUAUGUGAUGUUGACCUGCUAUAUUUGGUGCCAUACCUGCACCAGGAAACAGUUCUUCCCUGUUUCGUCUACUUGUUUACAUAAAAGACAUAAAAGAUUAAAAAUAAUACAUAGCAGAACCAUGUUUUAACAUAACUCAAAAAUACAAAUCAAUUGUAGGCUGCAUGUAUAAUUCACUUUGGCUGUGCCAUCAUGAAAUUAUUCAGCAAAUAUAUAAACGCAUGAAAUUUUUUCGAUAUGUUCAAAUAUGGAUCUGCUAUAUAUUAUUUCAAAAUUAUUACAAAGAAAUCUUGAAAGUGCUACUUAUGUUUUUGUGCAGUGUUUAUAAUUAUGUAAAAGGUAAUUGUUUUGUUUGUUGUAAUUACCAAUGUUUUAUUGAUCAAUGUAUAUUUUUUUAAAAGUUAAAGUCUGUUUUGUUUUAGUAAUAUAAUUUAUUGUGGUAAAACUUGUUAAAAUUUUUACUUUUAAAAUUUACAAAUGAGCCGCUUCAUGAGAAAACCAAUAUAGUGUGUUUUGGACCAACAUGGAUCCUGAUCAGACUGGGCAGAUGCCCAGGCUGGUCUGAAUCCAUGCUGAUAGCAAAUGCACUAUGUUGGUUUUCUCAUGGUGCGGCUCAGAUGAUUCAGAAAUACAGUUGUGGAAGAGUAUUUUUCAAAUAUUUUAUUUUAUUUUCAGUUAAAUUAUGAAAUCUGUAAGGAGAAGUAAUCUUGUUUGCUGGAACUAAAUACUCUUAAGAAAUUGCUUGUUUUUCCCUUCAAAUAUUAUAAUUAUUAUUUCUUUGAAAUAGAUACCUUUUUAGCUCACCAAAGGCUCAAGGUGAGCUAUUGUGAUCGCUGUCCGGUGUCCGUCCGUCCACACUUUCCUUUAAACAGCAUCUCCUCCUAAACCAUCAGGCCAAAUUUGAAGAAACUUCACAGGGAUGUUCCUUGGAUGGUCUUCUUUGAAAAUUAUUCAAAGAAUUGAAUUCCAUGUAGAACUCUUGUUGCCAUGGCAGCCGAAAGGAAAAACUUAAAAAAUCUUCUUGUCCAGAGCCACAGGUCAUAGGGCUUUGACAUUAGAAAUAUGAAGCCUAUAUUACUCAGGUGAGCGAUCCAGGGUCAUCAUGACCCUCUUGUUUACACUAGUUAUGUAUUAAGUUAGUUUAGCACGUCUUGUUAUUCUAAGCUUAUUCAGCCUAUAAAAAAAUGCUGUUUUGGACUGAUUUGAAAAAUUGGAAGUUUAACAGUUAAAUUAAAGUUUUAACAGCAUGCCCAUGUAGCUGAGUUGGGAGAGUGCAGUUACUGUUGAAAAAGGCAUUAAGGCCAAAGACAAACAAACAAACAAAAAUUUUAAAAACACAGUUUAAAAUCUGCAGAACUACCUUAAAUGUUAUAAAUUUAAAUCUGCUUUUGUUGCUUGCUUUGACAGCAAACUCUUCUUAUCCAACUUCUUCUUUAAAUAUUAUACUAUACCUUUACCUGUGAUGACCAGCUCAAUUUUAGUAAUUUUUAUAUCUAUUUCUUCAUUGAACUGUUUUUAUUUUUAUAUCUUUAAGAUUAUAGAAAACUCUUUUGUAUUGGCGUUUUGUCAAAAAUGUAUUUAUAUUGGAUAGUGUGGAGUUUCAGGGGGCAUUUUUUGUAAAGUUUUGUAAAUGCUGGUCAUAUCUUCAAAAAGUAAGUGAGUAGGAAAAAAAUGACAAAAGCUUUUGUGUUGUAGAUGGAGAAGAAGUGUUUAAUAUAUUCAUGAACUUUGAAUUUAGUAUAUAAAUGUUAACAUUCUAUGGUUCUUCAUGCUAUGUUUAUUAAUGAAAUUACAGCAUAUCAUUUAAUGAAAUGUUGUUGGUAUAUUUUAAGUGAUAACACUAUAUCAUUCCAAGAGUAUACAUUUUUGCUGGUCCUGACUUGGGACAUUUGUUAUGGUCACUUACCAACCUAAAUAGGACCCCUGUAAUUCAUGCCAGAUAGCUGGGCUAGUAUUUUGCAUGCUUAGCUAUGGGGGGGAUUCUUUUUGUGACAAACUAAUUUGGAAGUAUAUUCAGGUAAUCGGGCUACCAGGUAAAGCAAAAUCUGAAUUUGGAGACCAGUCUCUAAACACUAGCAUCUCAUUGGUUGUUUCUCAGCUCAAUUUUGAAAUCAACCAAUGGCAAGGUUGCUUUCUUAGACUGGUAUAUAUAGAUAAAUCAUUAUUGGUAUGUAAUAUAUUUACACAGCAAAAUCACUUUUGUGCCACAUUAUUUACUUAUGCUGUUUUAUUAGCAGCAAAAAAUAUCAAAGAGUUGUAAAUUUGUAGAAAAAGUGGUCAAAUGAUUUUUUGGAAUUUUGCUCUUAAUCAGAAUCAUGAAUGAAAUUAUUAUACACAUGGUAAUUAUUAAUGACAAUGCAUGAUUUCUAAAUAGUUGAAAUUUGCCAUUACCAGAAUUUUUGUUGUCUUUUCUGUGACUAGAAAAAUAUAUUUUAACUUUUCUUGUUGUUAUUUGACAAAUUUUUAAAAUUGUUUAAUGCCCAUUAAAUGGGAUAUGUAAAUGUUAACUUAAUUUGUUAUAUUUAAUAAACUUUAUACUUACAGUGAAUUGUUAAUAGAUGUAUUGUUUUAAUAUGUGUUUUCUGGAUAUUAUCGCCAAUGAUGUUUUUGGAACAAGUAAAAUUAGAGCUUUAAAAAAGCUUAAAACUUCGGUGUUUUUACCUCAAUAUAGAGAAAAGUGUUACAACUUGUAUUAACUAUGCUCAAUGACUCUGUCAGGGACUUCUGAAUGAUGUCUCUGUAAAGGAGAGUGUAGCUUGCAGUAAAGUCCACUCUAGAUCAGCUUCAAACUCACGUCCUCAUGAUUGGGAGUGUGAUAGUGUACCCUUACAUUGUAGCAGGUUAUUUAAGGGCAUUUCUUAAAUUUAGAUAAAAAAAACUGAAAUUAAGUAAAUAUUUAGCAUUAUAAGCAUAAAGUGAAAAAAAUGAAGUGAUUCAAUGAGUUGAAAGAAUUAUUUAUUUUUAAAUCAGGAUAAUUAGAAAAACCUGCUACUGCAUUAAUUAGUGUUUGAGGUUUUAAUGAAGAUGAGAUGUUUAAGAGCUGCAGUGGAAAACCGUUUUAUAUUUAUAUUCAGAACAUAACCUGUGUAUACUAAUGAGGUAUAUGACUGUUAUCACUUUUACCUGUUCUGCAUAUUGCCUAUUGAUUAAAAAAAUGUUCUAAAUAAUUUUAAACCAUGGGAACCAUGUUGCCAUGAAGCACCGAAUAUGAUGUUAGACUACAAGUUACUUGAUUACUUUGUUAUACACAAGUUCAGUUUCCCUGGAAUCAUCUUAUUUUGAAUCAUCUAUGACCAGUUAGAGUGCAAUCAUUCUUAUACAUCUUUCAUAUUUAUCUUUAUAUUUGUAAAAUAUAUCUUUAGUUAUGUAUAUAUAUGACAUUUCAUGUUUCCUCAUGAAUGGUAGAAAAUGUAACAUAUUUUCAUGUACAAUUUUUUUUAAUACAUGUAGUAUAAACUGUAUGUAAGCUUACAAUGUACAGAUUUAUAGAAAAUCAAUUUUCAUCUUCAGAUUCUGUUACAUGUUUCAUAAGUAGUUUAGUUUUGGAGUCAAAGGCUCAACCAGGUAUUGUGAUCAUUGAUAAAUGAGCCGUGCCAUGAGAAAACCAACAUAGUGGCUUUGCGACCAGCAUGGAUCCAGACCAGCCUGCGCAUCUGCGCAGUCUGGUCAGGAUCCAUGCUGUUCGCUUUCAAACCCUAUUGCAAUUAGAGAAACUGUUAGCAAACAGCAUGGAUCCUGACCAGACUGCGCGGAUGCGCAGGCUGGUCUGGAUCCAUGCUGGUCGCAAAGCCACUAUGUUGGUUUUCUCAUGGCACGGCUCAAAUGUCUGUGAAUAUCUUUUACCGUCACUUUAAUAAUUUCAGCUGUGAUUAAAGUACAUGCCUCCAGAAGUACAUUAAAAAUUUCAAACCAGUUCAAUCACUUGAUGCAGUAAUAUAUCAAUAUCAGUAGUGUGUGUACUAUAAUUUAAUGAGACAAUUACUGAUGAUGAUGAUGAUGAUGAUGAUGAUGAUGAAUAUCAUUUAAGAGUCUGGAACAAAGAACAGCUAUAAUCCUGUUUUUUUUAUAUGAAAUUUUUAUUGCUUGACGAACGUGUUAGAGUUUUCUGCAUAUUUACCAACUACACAAGUACUUUUGUAAAUAAUUACUGACUAGAACUCUGUGAAUUACCUAUUUUUAUUGUAAUUUAUUAGCAACGAAAGAACUUUCUAAAUUUUGAAUAUUUUAUAUGAAUCUGGAGGCAUGCCCAUUUAACCUUUAGCCUGCUGGCAGCAAGUGAUUCUGCAUCCGUGCAGGCGAAUCAUGGUCUGCACUGUUAGCUAUUUGUCAGUAAAUUUUCAGUGAACACCCCUUGGAAUAAUAAAUGGUAUUGGUCAAGUUGAAUGAUGGACAGUCCAUUUUAGAAAUUUAGCAGGCUAAGAGUUAAAGAGUACUGGGCACGCCUGAAAAUGGGUUGAAUGAAAUAAAGAUAUACAAGUGUUUUGCAUUCAUUCCUUUAAAAAUCAAACCUUAUGCUUGAGGGCGAAGUAGGGAAAAAUAACGUGACCACGUUAAGGAGAAAUUAAACAAUCUCCUUUAUCAAUAUCUGAUAAAAAUAUGUGUGAUUUACUACAAGAUUUAUAUGGCAUGCUUUUCAUGACAAAAACAUUUUUAAUUGAAAGAAGUGCUGUCAUUCAAUUUUUAUAAAAAGGGACUAAAAUUCAAAAUAAAAGAGUCAGAAAAAUAUGUUUCAGUCAAUAUUUUUACGAUGAGUGACAUUUAAUGUCAAAUAAACUUUUUUGCUUACCUUCUCUAAAUCAAAUGAGAAAUAGAUUUUGGUUUCAUGUUAUGUGUAUCUUUUGUUUUAGCUGAAUGUAAUCAGAGAGUGUAAGAAUAUGUUUUAAAACGUUUUUGCCUCAAGUUUUUCUGUGUCACUUUUAACUUUUAGUCUGCUGUCUGCAAGUGAUUCUGCCUUUGCCACCAGUGCAGACCAAGAUCGGCCUGCAUGUCCGUGCAGGCUGAUCAUGGUUUGAACUGUUCGCUAUUCAUGCAGUCAGUAAAUUUUCAUUUAACACCCCUUCAUACUGUAAAUGGUAUUGUCCAGAUUGUAUGAUCCAUUUUAGAAAUUGAGCAGGUUAAAGGAGAUUUUAAGAACUAAAAACGUCUAAAGACACAGAGGAAUUUACUGAAAACAGUCGUAAGGUUUCUUUGUUUAGUGAGUUAUGCCAGCUGUCUGUUCAGCAAAGCAUCACACAUAAUUUUGUUCAUUUUGUUUAUUCAUGUUCAUGUACUUCAGUGUGAAUACAAAUGAUUUUACAUGUGGCCUAUUUUAUUGUUUGAUUUGUUGAAGAUUGUAUACAAAAAGAAUACAAAGUAAAACAAAAAUCGUU